GAUAACACAUUAACUCCUGGUUGUUGAAGGAGCCGGGGAACCUUCAGUUUGCAGUAGACUGAAGAAUGAAGAAGCUCUCGGAGCACCAUCGAGCCAUCAGAAAUCAUUGAGAGGGCGACGAGCAGCAGCGAAAUGUGACUUGUUCACCCUUUGACAACCCAUCGCCUCAGGCUCUGAUUCAUCCUUAUUCACUCAUCAGAAGAGUGGAGGAGAGGAGGAGACGGAACAUGCAUGCCGUGCUGUUUUACAUGCGUUUGAAUGCCCUAACCCUGUCCUUCUGCAAGGGCUGAAGAGGAAUAAAGAAAAAGGCUAUAUCCAAUCUUAGGACAUAAUAUCCCAAAGGUGGAGCGAUCAGGAAAGGCUGAUGACGGGAGCAUCAUUCGUUUCCGUGCAUCAGAAGCACCAAAGGGGAUUGGAAACGUUUGGAUGGAAAUCGGGCGAGUGUUUAGACCUGUUUCUGGUUUUAUAUGAAACUAGUGGCGAUUAGUACAUUUUUUGUACAUUUUCAAUUCAACAUUUUAUCCCAAGGAGUACAUUUGCCUUUUGCCUUUUCAUUUUAUUUUCUAUUUAUCCGGAUCGCAUCUCUCCAAAGGUCUUGCAGGAACUCUCAUCUUCAAUAGUUUUCUCCUGGAGCUUUCCUUCAUCUAAAUGGAAUUAGUGGAGUCUGCAGCCCUCUGUGAAAGGAACAGACAUGGUACAUGGGAACAGCUUUCUUCACGUUGUUGCAAGUCUUCUCCUACUCGGAUUGUCUGGGGCAACAAAGAAGGACACGGCAGGGAAAAACAACUCAGGCGUGAAGCCCGUGGGUCAGUGCGGUACCUGGGUGAAAGAGCCAGACGGAGGGGUCUUCACGUCACCCAAUUACCCCAGCAAAUACCCCCCCGAGACCGAGUGUGUUUACAUCCUAGAAGCCCCUCCAAGGCAGUGCAUCGACCUCCAUUUUGAGGAGAACUACUCCAUCGAGUCCUCCUGGGAGUGUAAGUUUGACAACAUCGAGGUGCGCGAUGGGCCCUUUGGCUUCUCCCCCGUGAUGGGCCGGUACUGCGGCCAGCACAGCCCCCCCGACAUCAGGAGUAGCGGGCGCUAUCUGUGGAUAAAGUUUGUCACCGAUGGGGAACUCGAGGCGGUGGGAUUUUCGGCGCGCUACAACUUCACUGCAGGUAACAGACGAUUUUUUUUUAACAUCAAGUCUGCAGGAAAUCUGUUGACGUCAGGGGAGCUGCUGGGACAACAGCGCUGCCACCUGUCGCCGUUCGCCAGCACAACAGAUAAAGGAGGAGCUGUGCUGCGGCUCGCCAGAGGCGCCCGCCACCUCCGUCACACGGCCUCGGACCCAGCGGCCCCCGGCGACGCCGUGUUUCCCACGCAUCUCGUUCACGCGUCCGUCACGCCGGCGAUGCCGACGGCUCGUCUGGUCCGAGCACCGCGGAGCCGACCGUCGUUGGAAGCCGUCCACGGGCUGUCCGGCGAUGAUAUCGUGCGGCUGGUGUGGUUCGGCUGCACCAGCAGCACGUAA